AUGGCUCCUCAGGCAGACAGACCACCAUGGUGCCCCUGGUCAUCCCUGUGUCUGUCCCGGUGCACAGGAGCCAGAUGGAUCCUCAGGGAGGUUGGGCUCAGGGGCGACUCGGCCAGAGUGAGCGGCCGAGCAUGGCACAGUCCGACCGCAAACCCUCCGUCAUUGUGGCUCGCCGGCGAUCGCUCAGGAACUCCAUGACUGAGAGUUUUGGCCAGGAUGGUGAAAACGAUCCAGGGCUGGAUGUGGAUGGAAAAUCCAAAUUCAAGCGCCGCCCUCGCCCAGAGCCUCUCAUCAUCCCUCUUCCCAAACCAUCCACCUUCAUCGCUCCAUCCAUCUACUCCAGCAUCUCCUCCUACCAGAGCAACCUGCGCUCUCCGGUCCGUAUGCCGGACCACCCCCUCCUACUGCCCCCCUACACGCCUCCACCCAUCCUCUCUCCUGUGCGCGAAGGCUCGGGACUCUAUUUCUCCACCUUGAUGACCACAAUGGCCGUAAGCAACCAGAUCCUGCCUCCGCCACCAACGCCCAAGUCUGCGACGCGCAGCCUGUUGCGCUCCACAAGUUCAGAAAUCACUCCCCCGGUCCUCCCCAUGAUCACUGAUGUCACACCAGUUAGCCUCGAACCGCGUAUCAACAUCGGACAGCAUUACCAGGCAGAUAUUCCAGAUCUGCAGGAUCAACUUGCCUCCCAGUUUGACCAACUCAAGGCCGACCUGGUUUGGGUCCCUGUGGAAAACGCCAACCUGAAACAUGGCGACCAAGAGAGCAUGGUUGAUUUGAUGAACAUGGCUUGUUCCAGUGUGUUCAGAGGUGGAGGAACCAAUCAGGAGCUGGUUUUACACUGUUUACAUGAAUGUGGAGGUGAUUUUCUUGAAACAUUGGAACGUUUGAUGCUUCAGGACCCAGUUUUUCCAAGAGGCCAUCACCUGGCAGGGUAUCACUACUCAGGCAAGUACUAACUUUACAGAAAAUUUAAAUCAAAAUCACUUUUAUCUCCUCGUCUUUCAUGUUACCUUUAUGUCCUCCUGUCCUGUUCUUUAUUUCUUUUUUUUUUUUUU